CAACUGAAGUGAAAACCUUCCAGAAGCUACAGUAUAGAGAGAGAGAGAGAGAGAGAGAGAUCGAGGGAUCUUUGAUCUCAAGUCAUCAUCAUAAUCAUCGUCCCUAGAUCAAAGUGCAAACAGUAAACUUUCUUUAUCUUGCAUUUACUCCUCUCUCAUCUGCUUCUCAUCCAGUAAACCCUCUUUUGAGCGUGGAAAAAUUGAAAAUUUUGGGGACCUGACACAGCUGAACAAAGGACUGAAUCGAGGGAAAAUUCAGAAACUGAGGUACAGAUUGCAUGUUCUAUAUACUGAAAAGAACAUCUCCGGCAAGCCCAUCUCUAGAAAUUUUUUGUCACUUAUGACUCGGCUAUCAUCUGGUUGCAUUUUCUUAACUACAGCGUAAUCUUGAGGAUAGAAAAGGGAAACAAAUGAGGAUGAGGAACAAAUACAGGAAACCAACCACUUUACAUUGCAAUGCAGGGAGCAGAUGCUCGCUUUCAGUAGUGAUCUGGAGCCUGGUGGGAUGCCUUCUUUUGCUCCAUCUCUACUCCCUUGUUCGUCAUAAAGAUGUGCGAGAUGGAGAGUUCCCAAUGCGCACGAGUCACCAUCCACUAUUUCGUGAACUUGAAGAGGUGGAGGUGGAGGAAAAUAUACAGAUACCCCCACCCAGAAAACGGUCCCCACGUGCUGCAAAACGGAGGCCUAAGCGGACAAACACCCUGAUUGAUGAAUUUCUCGAUGAGUCUUCUCAACUUAGACACUUAUUCUUUCCUGACCAGAAAAUUUCUGUAGAUCCUAUGAAGGAUGCUGGGAACGAUACCUUUUACUAUUAUCCUGGGAGAAAUUGGCUGGAUACAGAUGGAAAUCCUAUUCAAGCUCAUGGAGGUGGUAUUCUGUUUGAUGAGGGAUCAAGGACCUACUAUUGGUAUGGAGAGUAUAAAGAUGGACCUACUUAUCAUGCUCACAAGAAAGGAGCAGCACGGGUUGACAUUAUCGGUGUUGGUUGCUAUUCUUCGAAGGAUUUGUGGACAUGGAAAAAUGAGGGCAUUGUACUGGCAGGAGAAGAAUCAAACGAGACCCAUGAUUUACACAAAUCAAAUGUGCUGGAGAGGCCAAAAGUAAUUUACAAUGAGAAGACAGGAAAAUACGUAAUGUGGAUGCAUAUUGAUGAUGCCAACUACACCAAAGCCUCGGUAGGUAUCGCCAUCAGCGAUUACCCCACAGGUCCGUUCGAUUAUCUGUACAGCAAACGACCCCAUGGAUUUGAUAGCAGGGACAUGACAAUCUUUAAAGAUGAUGAUGGUGUUGCAUAUCUCAUCUACUCCUCCGAGGACAAUAGUGAGCUCCAUAUUGGACCUUUAACUGAAAAUUACCUUGAUGCAUCACUUGUAAUGAGAAGGAUUUUGGUGGGACAACACCGGGAAGCCCCGGCUCUGUUCAAGCACCAGGGAACUUAUUACAUGAUUACAUCUGGCUGCACUGGGUGGGCCCCAAACGAGGCACUAGCCCAUGCGGCGGAGUCAAUUAUGGGUCCAUGGGAGACUCUGGGGAAUCCAUGCAUUGGGGGUAACAAAGUUUUUAGACUAGCAACAUUCUUUGCUCAGAGCACAUUUGUGCUUCCUUUGCCUGGCCUGCCAGGUUCAUUUAUCUUCAUGGCAGAUCGGUGGAAUCCAUCUGAUUUGAGGGACUCACGGUAUGUGUGGUUGCCUUUAACAGUGGGUGGAGCAGCCGACCAGCCUCUUGAGUACAAUUUUGGGUUUCCAUUAUGGUCAAGGGUGUCUAUUUAUUGGCAUAAAAGAUGGAGGCUUCCACACAGGUUGAGUGUGAAGAAAUGAUAAGAGCCUUUUGUACUUCUCCUAUGGCUUCUUGUAGAAUGUAUAUGAGAUCUUUUUUUCAUUCUUUCACCAGCCUCUGCCGCUGUUUGUUUGUAAUUAUAAUAUCAUUCUGAUAAUUAAAACGCAAUAACUAGGUGUA